UUCAAUAUAUAUUUUUUUGUUUUCCUCAAAUUCAACCAAUCAAUCAUUCCAAGUAGGGAUCGCUUUUUCUUCACACACAGUCUCUCUCUCUCUCUCUCUCUCUCUCUCUCUCUGUCUCUCUCCCAAAGCUAACUCUUUUCUCUUUCAGUGAAUCGGAUAAGGCCUCUUUGCUGACUGCUUGAUUAGUCUCUUCACUCGCCAACAAAUUUGAAGUUGUUGGCUGUAAAUUGCUGAGUGAUCGAUUAUCUUUUAGCAGCUGGAGUUUGUAUAAGACCUCCAUAGUUUUUGUGGUUAUGGCUACAAAUGAGAAUCUUCCACCAAAUGUAAUCAAGCAACUUGCAAAGGAAUUGAAAAGUCUUGAUGAAUCCCCUCCCGAAGGCAUUAAAGUUGGGGUAAAUGAUGAUGACUUUUCAACCAUAUUUGCUGAUGUUGAUGGCCCAGCUGGGACUCCAUAUGAGAAUGGUGUUUUCCGCAUGAAGUUGUUGUUAUCUCAUGACUUCCCUCAUUCUCCUCCCAAGGGAUACUUUCUGACUAAGAUUUUCCAUCCAAACAUUGCAACUAAUGGGGAGAUUUGUGUCAAUACACUGAAGAAAGAUUGGAAUCCAAGUCUUGGAUUACGACAUGUUCUUAUUGUAGUCAGGUGCUUGUUGAUCGAACCUUUUCCAGAAUCAGCCUUGAAUGAACAGGCUGGCAAAAUGCUGCUUGAAAAUUAUGAGGCGUAUGCAAAACAUGCCAGGCUUUAUACCGUUAUUCAUGCUAAGCCAAAACCAAAAUUCAAAACGGGAGCCAUUUCGGAGUCCACCACUGCACUGAAUGUUGACCAGAGUAACACCUCAGCACUUAUUGCUGACCAGAAGAGUGCGGCACCUAGUGCUACAUUGCCUUUGCCGUCCCCGUUGCCAUCUACAACAUCUGCCAGAGCAAAUGGUAAGGAGCAAGCCGUUGUAGCUCCAACAGAGAUAGGUGGAGCUGGCGGUGGUGGAUCUGUUGCACCAGCAGCAUCAACAAUUCCUCAAAGGAAGGAAGGUGCAUUGUCAAAAGCACAGGCUGACAAGAAAAAGUUAGAUGCAAGAAAGAAAAGUUUAAAGAGAUUAUAAAGCGAAAAAAUGGGCAAUGAUUGAACUGCUACUUGUUGAGAGUUUGUUGCUAAUUUGUUGUUCAUUGGAGGGGAUGAAUAGUGACAGUCCAUCGGGAUGAGGAUCGGGGUCGGGAUAAUGUAGGGUUGCAUGGGAUACUGUCAUGUGGGAAAAGUGAUGGAUCAAAUUUACCAGCUUCCCUUCCAUCUGUGUUGUGUUGUAACAUUCUCUUUUCUUUUUCUUUUUUCGGCUCACUUUGUACUUUCAUUUUCCCCAGCAGGCUCUGCAAGUUGCGGAGUUGCACUUAAAACCUUUGAUGUUGGUCUGUUGUCCCCAGUAGAAAUUAGAAACCCUUCAAAAGAA